AUGACUUCAGUUGGUGUCGAGCCAACAUUCUUUCAUCAUAGCGGCUGCUCGCAGUUGGACUUAUUAAUUACCAGUUGUAGUGAUAAACUACUUCGUUUCAACCAAAUUGGCUUUCCUGGACUCUCGCAACAUGAUCUCAUCUUCGCUUCGCUGGAUUUUGACGCCAACCCAGUUACCAGAGUUCACGAGUACCGGGACUACGUCAACAUCGAUAUACAAGCUUUGCGGAACGCAAUUCUUUCCGUUAAUUGGGAUUCUUUCUAUAACAUCCAAGACUCGAGUGAGCAGGUUAGCUUUUUCAACUCUAGUAUAAAGCAAAUUCAUGAUGAUUAUAUUCCACUUCGUACGACUAAAAGCCGCAUAUCUUCCAAUGUGUGGUUCAGUUGCGAAAUUCGUAAAGCUAUGGUGGAACGUGAUUUGGCUUAG